UUACAUAACGAAGAACUUGCUACACUUGGAAAUAGUCUAUUAGGUGUCUUGGGGGCUGAAUGGAUCGAUAGGCGGUACCCUCAUCUUCCUAACAAAGCCUUUCAAGCCGCUCUAACAAUGUACGUUGGUCCCCGAACAUGCGCAGAUGUAUCUAGGAUAUGGGGAGUCUGUUCAGCCGCUGGACUAUCAAAUCUUACGAUCGAAAACAAACCAAGACCGGGUUUAUUACGUUGGCGUCGAGCCGAGACAGCUCUUGGUCAAAAAGCAUCAGGAUUCAAACAAGGUGUACUCUAUGAAGAUGCAAUGGCAAGCGUUUCGAGAGCAUUUGUGGGAUUGGUUUAUACUUUAUCUGGAAUGAAAGCUACUAGAGAAUUUGUGGCUGCUAAUUGGUUGAGUAGGAAAGCACAAGUUGGUGAUCUGUUAAAGUUUACAAACCCAUUCAUUGUUUUGAAAUAUACACUUGCCAAAUACGAUCGUGAACCUCCUGUUGCAAGAUUGUUAAGAGAAAGUGGACGAGCAUCAGCAACGGCAAUGUUCGUAGUCGGGUCUUAUUCCGGUUCAAUGAAAUUAGGAGAAGCAUAUGGAACAUCAAUGAAGAUGGCCGAAUACCGAGCACAUGAAGAUGCAUUACGACGAAUCUAUUUAUCUUCAUCAGGAAAC